UUGGUUCAAUACCGAUAAUUAUGAAAAUGGAAUUGUAGAUGGUGGUUGAUAGAUACCUGCUGUAGCAGUUUCUUACUAUUUCUUCCGUUUCUUCGGCAAGUAUGGCUUUGCGACAGAAGUUGAUGAACUUCAGAUGUGGAACGUCAAGCGUUUUGCAAGACCAGAGCGUAUGGAAGACGAUAGCUGAGAGGGUGGGAGCUCUGCUGGGUGAUGGAUCAGUGACUCAGACAGACAGUGAAUUUAGCAAUGGAAGAGUGUCGUUUGUGAUCAACGCACAGCAGCAGAGCCAUGCGACACUCCGCUCAAACGUGGCUGAUGGCAAGUGCACUCUACACGUUGACAUUGUCUAUCCUCCACAGGCUGAAUUGGAGAAGGCUUUAGAUGCACUGGCAGAGGAACUUGGUCAAACUCUGAGCUGCACACAGUUCAACAGAAGUCGAUUCCCUGUGAUUCGUCACGGUGACGGUGGGGCCAGUGAUGGUGCAUACAUGCCCACAGUCGAUAAGCGCUGGAUUGAAUACGACUAUUCGGAGCUGGUAUUUGAGCAAGACUCUGCGUUCCAGAAUGUAAAAAUCUACAAGUCUGGCCAGUAUGGCAACUGUCUUGUACUUGAUGGUGAUAUGAACUUGGCUGAGUCCGACUUGGCCUACACCCAGGCCAUCAUCGGCGAAGGUGUCGAGUCCUACAAAGGAAAACGGGUCCUGAUUCUCGGUGGUGGCGAUGGUGGAAUUCUCAAUCAGCUGUUGAAAUACGAGCCAGCCUACGUAGAAAUGGUCGAGAUCGAUCAGGUAGUAAUCGAUGGUGCUAUCAAGCACCUGCGUGGCAUCUGUGGUACUGCCAUGGACUCGCUAGAGGGCAGCAACUACAAGGUGCGCGUAGAAGAUUGUAUUCCAGCGCUGAAGCAGCACAUUGAAAGCGGCAACCAUUUUGACUUUGUAAUCAAUGAUUUAACGGCUAUACCCAUUUCCACGUCACCCAAUGGUGACUUCUGGGAUUUCAUGCGCCUCAUCUUGGACUUGUCCUUCCAAGCAUUGAAGCCUGAUGGUGUGUACUACACACAGGGAAACAGCUUCUGUGCAAAGUCGGCCCUGGCUAUGUACGAGGGUGAGCUAGCGAAACUGUCCCACAACGUCCAGUUCUCCACAAACACAGUGUGUGUGCCAUCCUACAACGAACUCUGGGUGUUCUAUGAGGUCUGGAGGAAAGACCAAUCUGCUUCACGUGCAGCCAACCGCCUCAAGCCACUAGCCUCCUAAUAGCACCAUUCUAAUUUCUAUCAAGAACUGAAAACUUGGUCAAUCACGAAACAUACUUUAUAUGACGCCCGUACUUCCAAAACACGCUGGACAUGUACACACUUAAUUAUUAUCAUUAUUAUGAAAAUUUAUAAUAAUUUGCUUCGGAUGUUUGCAUUUCUGUCGCUCAAUCAUGUGUCUUGCGAAGAAGUUGUGAUACGUACAGCAAGCUAAAAAAAAACCUGGAGCAGACCAACAAAUCAAGAAUGUCAACAAGCUAUA